AUGCAGGACAUCACCGUCAGCUUCCUUCUGGAAGCUCGCAUCCCACUGACUAUCCCUGUUUUCCUGCCUGCCCCAUACCCCGUCUACUUAUCCCCCUCUGCCUACAGCCUAUUUGCCAAGGGGAUCAGACAUCAGGAAGUGUGUUUUGCUCUUCUGCCAUGUGAGGAUACCGCAAAAAUAUACUAUCUGGGAAGGAGAGAAUUCUCUGCAGACGCUGAAUCCACUGGCACCUUGAUCUUGGACUUCCCAGCCUUCAGAAUUUAUGAGAAAGAUAGCUUGGACCACCACAAUAGAAAAUGUGGCAAAGUAAAAGAGGCAGUUCCUGCUCAUCCCCAGUUCAUCACUGUCAUAAGGAGAGUGCUAGAUCUUCCAAUUUUGAAAGGGUCCCUGCAGCAGAAGGCAAGGUUUGAGCUGCGAGUGCAGAAGUCGGUGACGGUGCAGGAGGGGCUGUGCGUCCUGGUGAACUGCUCCUUCUCUUACCCGACGGGCUCCUGGCAUUACUAUUACUAUGAUCCAUUCUACGUCUACUGGUUCCGGGACGGGGAGGACGUAUACCGUGGUGAGCCUGUGGCCACAAACAACCCAGACAGAACUACGAAGCAAGAGACCCGGGGCCGAUUCCACCUCCUUGGGGACGUCCAGAAGAAUGUCUGCUCCCUGAAAAUAGAAGAUGCCAGAAUGGAGGACACGGGACGCUAUUUCUUCCGCAUGGAGAGACGAUAUAUAAAAUAUAACUACUAUGAGAAUAAGCUGAACUUGGAGGUGACAGGUAUGGAGGGGCCCUAGGAGAGGACCCUGGGGCGUGGAGACCCCGAAUGAGAACAGGGACGGGACUUGGGCAGGGGCGGUU